AUGGUAGAACAUAACAAACGCAAAUUGAGAUUCUCUGCGGGAUUACAGAAUGCUACAAAUUGCACAGCAGAACAUUCUGAAGAUGAAAUACGUUACGAAGACAGAACAAAUGAGGAAAUGGACGAGCGGAGUGAGACACAGUCAGAGAGACCUGCGAACUCUUUAUCACUGGUUAUGGCAAAUGUGCUGAUCAUUCCAUUGUUUGUCAUACACACCGUGAAGUACGCACUAAAUUUUCUACUCCGACCUUUGAUGAAAGCAACCAAGCCAUGGCGUCGCAGAAUGAGAAAGCAAGGUACACGUUUGUGGUGUUCAAUUCAAGAAACUGUCUAUUCAGUUUAUUGUUAUCUGGAAUUAUCCAUACGGCGACGAGUGGUCCUUCCUAUUUGUAUGUACCUAAUCAACAAAUGUUACCGCUAUUACACCAGUAAAAUGAUUGACGGAGGGAACCAGUUCACGUUUUUGAAACAUACACGAUACGCGAAAAUAAUCGGACGAAUGCUCAUGUGGUACUUGAGAGCGUUGUAUUUAUGCGUGAGGAUAAUAAACUCGAAAAUGCAACUAGAGCAGAUCAGUGAAGGUAUACAAAAGGUCCGCCACGGAGUUGUGUCAAGUUUGCGUUGCACCUGGGAGGUAAUCAUCCAAAUGUGUGACAUAACCUUAGUUGUGGUGAACAUUGUCCGUGUAUGCUGCAGUGUCCUAACCACGAUAACCGAUGUGUUUUACUUCCUUGCUCGACUAGUAUCGGUCAGUGAAAAAUUACUGUACUCAGUCGAUGAAGCUAUCUAUAUGAUACAAAACAUUAUUGGGAAAUCUGAUGAAGACUCAUCAAAACAGAAGGAGAACUGA